AUGGAGGUGCUGGAUUGGCACUACAAACGUGUUGAUGACUGGCCCUUGAUGCAGUCUCCAUUUCCAACACUGACUAUAAGUACUAUUUAUCUUCUCACUGUCUGGCUGGGCCCCAAAUGGAUGAAGACAAGAGAGCCCUUCCAGUUACGUUUCCUGUUGGUUGUAUACAACUUUGGAAUGGUUCUACUCAACUUCUUCAUUUUCAAAGAGCUGUUCUUGUCAUCAAGAGCUCGAGGGUACAGCUAUGUCUGCCAGUCUGUGGAUUAUUCAGAUAAUGUUUAUGAAGUUAGGAUAGCUGCUGCUUUAUGGUGGUAUUAUGUCUCUAAAGGAAUUGAAUAUUUGGAUACAGUUUUCUUCAUCCUGAGGAAGAAAUUUAACCAAAUUAGUUUUCUUCAUGUCUAUCACCAUUUCACCAUGUUCACCUUGUGGUGGAUUGGUAUUAAGUGGGUUGCAGGUGGACAAGCUUUUUUUGGAGCUCAGAUGAACGCAUUUAUUCAUGUCAUUAUGUACAUGUAUUAUGGAUUAGCUGCCUGUGGCCCUAAAUUUCAGAAAUACCUUUGGUGGAAGCGAUACUUGACCAUAUUGCAACUGGUGCAGUUCCAUGUGACUAUUGGCCACACAGCCUUUUCUAUUUAUAUUGAUUGUCCUUUCCCUAAAUGGAUGCACUGGGGUGUCAUUUUCUAUGCUAUCACCUUCAUUUUCUUGUUUGGUAACUUCUACUAUCGGACUUAUAAGCUGCCCAAGGAACCCAUAAAGAAUGGCAAAAUAGCAAAUGGUGCUGUUGCAAAUGGAAUAAGCAAACCAGAAAAUAAUGCGGUGGUGGAAAAUGGAAAAAAGCAGAAAAAGGGAAAAGCAAAAGGAGAGUAACUUGAUCCAGGCCUUAACUAUUGUUGGCAGUGAGGAACCUCCAGUUUGGUCUAUAAAAGGAAGAAAAAAACACUAUCUGUACCAAUUAACCUUAGGUUACUGAAGAGCUAGAACACAGGUAUUUUCAUUAUUUAUGAAGAUUGUUUUAAGAACAACACUAAAGUUGAAUUUCUAUUGUAAUUAUGUAAUUAUCAUGCAUAUGGUCUCUGUGUAAACUUGUAGACUGCUGGUGUUGGUGAAUGUAAGGACGAAUUGCAGUUGAUUCCAUGUUUAGCAGUCCAGAAGUUAAUAAUGCCAUUGAUACAGGCAGUUUUAUUGGCACCCACAUUUCUUUGGGGGAGGGAGGGGAAGGAAAUAGCAUUUGGAUACUUGUGUUUUCUUUCCAGAAAAUUAUUAAAUUUCAAAUUAUGAUGUAUUAUCUAAUCAGAAUGCUCAACUUUUCUUGUCCUUCUUGGAGAGUAUCUUCAGACACAUUAUGUUUAUGUGCUGUCAGAACAGUGUUUGACUUUUCAGACAUUACUUGAUUUCAUUGAGUGUCUAUUACACUUGUGGUUUUUUUUCUUGUGUUGAAAUAUACCUACCUCUUCAUCUGCUGAAAAUAAUAUUGAGCAUUAAAUAACUGGUUUCUGAAA